CAGAUUUUUUCUCACUUGAUAAUCAUUGAUUUUGAAUCAACUUGUUGGGAAAAUGAAAAACACAGUCCUCAAGAAAUCAGUGAAUAAACAUUUUUUUUUUUUUGUGAAAUUUAAGUUACAUAUUCUCAAUUUAAAAUCUCAUAAUUAUGUAAAGCCACAGUUUGAAAAAGUUUUUUUUUAAAUCUGUUCAUAGACUUUACCAAUACACUUGUUCUAGCUGAUUUUAAUUUUUGCCAGUUGAGUUUCCAGCCAUUCUAAUGAACACCAAAACGGGUGAAAUAGAAAGUGAAUUCCAUUACUACUUACAGCCAACUGAAAUGCCAUUUCUCAGUCAUUUUUGCCAACAACUCACUGGAAUAACUCAGGUAAAGAAAACAAUUUCAUUCACACUUUUUGUUUCAAAAUUAUAUUUAAAACUUAACUGGGAUUCCCAGUAGUCAACAGUUUUAUGACCAUAUCAAAUAUCAGUCAAAAUAGUACCGAUCCAUGUGUUUUUAUAUUUCAUUAGUAAGUUACAACUUAAAUGAUUGCAUUGCAGUCCUUCCAGCAGCAGCAGCAAGUACAAUCAAUUCUGUGCCGUGAAGAAAUCUGGCUUUGCACCUAAUUAGGAUGAAAGGAAUCAGAUUCAUUUACAUAGAUCGGAAUCCCACUGUUUGUUUUUUAAUAAUAUUACUGUAUUUAAAAAAAAUAGCUUAAUAAUUGUUUAUGAUUUUUUUCAAAUCAGACUGACAUAUGGUUAAUGGUACCCAAGGACUAGUGGGAACCACCAUUGAUUUAUUCUUCUGUAAAAUUUUAUACCAGUAGAAAAAAAUUUGAAAUCUUUCUAUUCCAUAUGAUUUCUGGGUAAUAUGGAUAAAAGAAGUUAAUAUUAUUCUGUAAAUUAAUUAUUUUCAUUAAUUCUACUUAAACUAGCCACAAAAUGUUAAUCACUAUAUUUUUAGAUUCAGGUUGACAAUGGUAUUCCCCUGAAUCUCUGUCUGAGGAAAUUUACAAGCUGGCUGAAUGGACUGCAGAAAGAUAAAGGCAUUGUCUGUGCAAAUGAUAAUAUAAAUAAUACUGUUGAUGAUAGAAAAAUGGCUGCCUUUGUGACAUGGUCAGGUAAGACGUGCUGUUACAAUAUGUAAAUAUGUUUUCUUUUAAUUUGACAAUUUUUUUAUUCUUUAAAUCACACUGAAGUUUUCAUUUACCUAUUGUGAUGAAUGAAUUAAAUUAUACUAUUUUAACAUAUUGUCAAGAAUGUAUUUAAAAGCAAUGCUAAACAGUCUCAUGUUAUAUAUUCUUUAUUUAAAAAGUGUGCUAGAAAUUUUUUUAUUAAGAAAAAUUGACAGUUUAUAAAUGAAGUUUUACCAAUACAUAUGGCAAACUGCAUUUUGGACAUUCAAAUUCCAAUAUUAAACUGAUGGAUACAAUUAUCAUCAUACUAACACAGUUUCAUUUUGAUAGAUUGGGAUUUAGGAGUAUGUCUGCAUUAUGAAAUCAAAAGAAAACAAAUCAUGAGACCUCCAGUCCUAGACAGGUGGAUUGACUUGAGGGCAACAUACAGGGUAACCUUUUUUUUUUAA